UAAAGCGACUAACAAAUUAUGUCCCUUCGUUGAUGUAAUCGUUGUGAUGUUCAUCAUGAACAUAAAAUCAGGUUCAUCAUUUGAAUGCAGAUAAAUUUCAAACUAACAACUAUGUAAGACCCAUGUAGUUGUUAAGGGUGACCGUACAGACAGGAUGACAUUGUUAUAGAAUAAAAGAUGUUCCGACGAGUGUUGGGGAAAUCAGCUGGUGUUCUGUUCUACUUUGUACAGUAUGGAGCAAUAGCCCAUUGUGCUCUGGAGUUCGGUGGUGACUUUGUGGUGUGUAGUGGACCAUCAAUGGAACCAACAAUACAGAGUGGGGAUGUUGUCCUCACAGAACACAUCAGCACUUACAGGACCUUAAUACAAAAGGGUGAUGUGGUUAUAACUCGUUCCCCUGUGAACCCUCACUACUUCCUAUGCAAGAGAGUGGUUGGACUAGCAGGAGACAAUGUAUUUAAUGGGACAUCACAGACAUUCAAGAGGAUCCCACCUGGUCAUGUAUGGUUGGAAGGAGAUAACAAGGAUAAUUCUUCAGACUCCCGGGAAUAUGGACCAGUUCCUUAUGCUCUCAUCAGAAGCAGGGUUUUCUUCAAGAUCUGGCCCCCGAGGAAGAUGGGAACACUUACCAUGAUGCUAGAUCAAAACAGAUGACCCCAGCCAAUGUGUUCCAUGACAUGCAGCCUUAGAAAUUGUUUUUUUAAGACUACUCCAGGGGACUAGUGGAAACCUUAGUUUACUGAUCCCCAGUGACUAUAGCAAGUCCUGCUUGAAUGAGGCAAAAUAUUUACUAAUGUCAGAUCAAUUGAAUUGUUUUGUAGCAAAACUAAAUCAUUGUGAACUGGUUCAGAAUUAUGGCCCUCAACUGUUAUUAUGUCCCCUAUAUCUACAGGACUCAUAUUUUAGUAAACCUACAUUCUCUUAACGUCUUUGAGUGGCAUUUAGAAGUUGGUGUGAUAAACAAUGGGGAGAGUUCUAAGGCUAUAUAACUUCUUAAUGAUUAAUAUCAGCUCAUUAAGGGAUUAGUAUAGAUUUACCAGAAUGGUUUAUUGAAAUUUUUAAACUUAUCCUAUCUCACGUCUAAGAAGCUGUCCAGGAAGGAGAGCAGUAUGGAGUGUUUGGGCGAAUGGUACAAGAGAGGCCAUAAACUUUGUUUACAGUUCCUUUCCACUCAGGUGUCGAUCAUGAGUGAGAGAGUAGAAUAAGUAUUUAAAUAUACAAUUUAUAUUUAAAAUUUAAAAAUUGAAUUUUCUACCAGUCAAUGAGAACAACCAUCAUUGGAUUAUAACUUGUUGUCCAGAAAGUUUAGUCAAGAGCUGGUGUGAUAGUGAAUUACAAAGGCUGACAUACCUACAGUAGAAGGAUGAAUAAUGACUUUGUAAUUUUGGUUUACUGUAUACUUACCAAAUGUUUUGACAUAUAUCACAUAUACACUUGAUUCAUCAUACCAUAUAUAUCGCGAUAUUGGACAUGGGUGGUCCAGUUGUCUGAGGCACAGCUAUUUGCUGUGCAGAGUUGCCUCCCUUGGAUGUCCCAGAAACCUGUGGUUGUGGGUUCGAUUUUCAGUCUGAUAAUGCAUUGUCUCAGGGAAUUUUGAGAUUCACCCAUUUCAAACACAUGAGUCUGACAUUUUUAAUAAAUGAAAUCAAAAUAA